AUGGAGGGUCAUCGUGGUGCCAUCGAAAGGACACUUCCACAAGGAUCCCCACCUUUCUGUGGAGAAAUCAGUAGCAUCACCGUGGUUCGGAGUCUGACUGUUCCAAGUAACAACACAGCUUGGAAACCAGAUUCCUGCCAAGACUGCCGUUGCCAAAGUGGCGUUGUCACCUGUGAACCUGUUGUGUGCAAACACCCCUCGUGUGACUUUCAGAAGGGAGAAGUGCUCCAAAUAGCCCCCAACAAGUGCUGCCCCACGUGCGCCUCCCGAGCUGAAGGAUUUUGCCAGCACGAAGGACAGACCCACGGGCACGGCACGCAGUGGGCCGGCUCGGGAUGCAGCCUGUGCUUCUGUGCCCACGGCAAGGUGAACUGCACCCCCGAGGCCUGCCCAGCCCUGGCCUGCGGAAGCGGGGAGCUGCAAUACACUGCCCGAGGAGCCUGCUGUCCCACCUGCGUGGGCCUUGGAGAGUCGUGCUCCUUCGACGGCCGCUCGUUCCGGGAUGGAGAGGCUUGGCGGCUCAGCCAGUGCUCCAAGUGCAUCUGCAGGGACGGCGCCACUCAGUGCUUCGUGGCUUCCUGCCAGCCCGUGCUGUGCAGUCAGGAUGAAGUUUUGGUGAUGUCUCCGGGAAAAUGCUGCCCGGAAUGUGUUCCCAAGCCCUGCUCAGUGUCAGGAAGAGUGUACCAGCAUGGCGAACAGUGGAAAAAAAAUGCCUGUACUACCUGUGCGUGUUCCCGAGGGGAAGUCAGAUGUCUGAGGGAGACCUGUGAAUCCAUCACCUGUGAAAAGGGGGCCACCAAAGUGCAGCGCUGGGGCAAGUGCUGUGCGGAAUGCGUCGCUGCCAAGGGGAGCUGCUUCUAUGAGGGCACCAUCCGGUACCACAGUGACAUGUGGAAUAGCACCCGCUGCGACUUCUGCAUGUGUGACAGAGGGCAGGUCGCCUGCCAGAAAGCAGAGUGUGCCAGAGUGGAGUGUGCCAAGGAUGAAGAAUUAAUUCACCUAGAUGGGAAGUGCUGCCCUGAAUGUGUUUCACACAAGCGUCACUGUAUUUACAGAGGACAUGUCAAAGAGGACGGCGAGUCGUGGAGCGAGGGCCCGUGCAGAGAGUGCGAGUGCCGGGCCGCCGAGGUGACCUGCCUGCAGCGCUCGUGCCCGCCCUGCGCGCUCGGCAGCCUGGCCGUGGCCGAGGACGGCGAGUGCUGCCCGCGCUGCCAGCCAGUGGAGUGCCACGCGGACUGCUUGACCUGCUCGCAGUCCGUCGACCACUGUAACGUCUGCCGCGACGCCAGGAAGCAGCUGCAGAGCGGACGCUGUGUGGAGAAGUGUGACUUGGGCUUCUACCAGGAUGCAGGGACUUGCUUAGCCUGCAACGAAACGUGUUCAAGCUGUAGCAAUGGGUUCGAGUGCUCCUCGUGCCAAGCAUCCCUGCUGCUGAAGAAUGGGCAGUGUGUGACUUCGUGCGGGCAGGACUUCUUUCAGGAUCAGCUCCUCUGCGCAGCUUGUCACAAGUCCUGUUCCUCAUGCUGGGGACCUGCUGAGAACAACUGUCUGUCCUGCAAAGACGCAUCCUGGGUGCUAAAAGACGGGCUGUGUGUGGCCAGCUGUGGACAGGGCUUUUACCUGAAGGAUGGAGUUUGCAGUGCUUGUGAGCCCUCCUGUGAAACCUGCUAUUCGGACCAGCCCAGGUGUUUGACCUGCGCUCCGGAUAAGAUGCUACAUGAUGGGAAGUGCCUUUCGGAGUGCCCAGAGGGAUAUUUCCCAGACAGCAGGGCAAGAUGCAGAGCCUGUCACAAUUUGUGCUCCACCUGCGAGGGACCUUUGGCCACCCACUGUACCUCCUGUGCCCUUCCCCUGGCAUUGCAUCUGGGCCAGUGCCUGCAAGGUUGUGGCGAGGGUUUUUACCAGGAUCAAAACGUCUGCAAGGGUUGCCACGCGUCCUGCCGCGCCUGCGUGGGCCCCGAGGCCUCCCACUGCGUGCGGUGCGCGGCGCCGCGCGCCCUGCAGCCCGACGGGCGCCUGCGCGGAGCCCUGCACGGCCUCUGCCUCGCCCGCUGCCAAGCCCACUUCCACCCGGAUAGCGCAGGAGUCUGCACACGAUGCCACCCCUCCUGUGCGGGCUGCGUGGGGAGUGCUCCCCAGGACUGCACGGCUUGUCCGUCCUCCCACGUCCUGCUCGAAGGCCGAUGCCUCUCCGCGUGCCCAGAGGGGCUGUUCAGCCACGACGACCGCUGCUACGCCUGUCAUCCAUCCUGCAAGACAUGUCGUGGCCCUGCAGACUCGGACUGCGUCACCUGCCAUCCCCACGCGACGCUGGCGGGUGGGAGGUGCAGGACGAAGUGCAAGGAGGAGCAGUAUCUCAACCUGGUGGGCUACUGCGUGGACUGCCAUCCUCUGUGCCGUCAGUGCGUGGCCAACCUGCGGGACACGGGCAGCAUCUGCCUGACGUGUCAGAACGCCCGGCACUUGCUCCUGGGGGAUCACUGCGUUCCCGACUGCCCGGCCGGAUACUUCGCCCGGAGCGGCGCCUGCAGAAGAUGUCACCCCUCAUGCAAGACCUGCAGCGACGAGGGCCCGUUUUCCUGCUCCUCCUGCAACAGCAGCCUGGUGCUGUCCCACACCAGCAUGUGCGUUCCUGUCUGCUCCCCGGGAUACUACAGAGAUGAGAGCCAGACCUGCAAACCUUGCAACAGCCAGUGCCUGAGCUGCGAGUCAGCCGCGGGCUGUACGUCUUGCAGAGAUCCUGCCAAGGUCCUGCUGUUUGGAGAAUGCCAGUACGAGAGCUGUGCCCAGCAGUAUUAUCUUGAUUUUUCCACCAAGACCUGCAGAGAGUGCGACUGGAGCUGCAAUGCUUGUAAAGGCCCCCAGAGGACCGACUGCCUGCAGUGCAUGGAUGGCUACGUUCUCCAUGAAGGAACUUGCCUGGAACAGUGCCCCUUAGCUUUCUACAAGGAGGCAGACACGUGCCAGAGGUGUGAUGAGCACUGCCUUCAGUGUCAGCAACCGGAGGCCUGCAACCUCUGCGAAGCCCCGUUCUUCCUCCUGGACACUCGUUGUGUUCUUGACUGUGGGAAACGUUAUUAUGCAGAGGAGACACAACGAAAAUGCAUAGCUUGUCCUCACGGGUGCUUGGAGUGUGUCAGUGGCAGCCUGUGUCACCUCUGUGACAGCAGCACCUUCCUGAAGAACAAGAUGUGUGUUUCUGCCUGUGGCCAGGAUUUCUAUGAAAAUGUGUGGACCAGAGAGUGUGAAGAUGGCAAGCAUCAUUUGAGUUUCCGGGUGACCAGUACCCUCACAGUAGGGAUUGGUGGGGUAAAGCCCCUAGACCUCUCCUUACUAGAGGUACAUGGCACGGGUGGUGACCCAGGACAGCUCUUGUUCCACGUGGACAGUGCUCCCUCCAACGGCAAACUGGUGAUGGUGGCGGAUGGCAAAGAGGUGCACCUGAGGAAAGGCGACCACUUCAGCUACAAGGAUGUCAAGGAGAAGAGAGUCCGCUUUGUGCACAGCAAAGAGAAAUCCAGGAAAGGGCAGUUUUCCCUGAAGGUCAGCGAUCGGCAGUUCUUCUCCUAUCCCGAGGUGGUCAACAUUCAAGCACUUUCAACACAGGCCCCAUAUGUGCUCAGAAACGAGGCUCUCCUUGUCAGCAGAGGGGAAACUGGAACUCUAACAGACGUGUUGCUGGGUAUGAGGGACGGUGACAAUCCUCAAGAUGUGGCACUGAUGGUGUUAGAGCCCCCACGUCACGGGCAGCUGGUGAAACGCUCAGGGGACUCAGCUUCUGAGGUCCACACGUUCCACCUCGAUGACCUGGCCCGGGGACUCCUGCGUUAUGCUCACGAUGACUCUGACAGCCGGGAUGACACUGUGCUGCUGCAAGUGAGCGACGGCUACCACUUCCAGAACAUCCUGUUCCACAUCAAGAUUGCUCCCAAGAGUGCCGGGCGCCCUCGGCUGGUGACGAACUCGCUGGUGUGGGUGCCCCAGGGAGGAAUGCUCCAGAUCUCCAAGAGGAUCCUGCAGGCCGAGAUCCCCGGUGCCCGCGACUCCGAGAUCAUCUACAGCAUUGGCGGGGACCAGCCAAGACACGGGGAAGUUGUGCUUCUGGUGCCAAUGCCUGCAGACAGCCCGGCAAGCGCGCGGCAGCUUUUGCCUGAUGGAAGAGCAGUUUCUCCUACAACAUCUUUUACCCAGCAGGACAUCAAUGAAGGCAUUGUGUGGUACAGGCACUCUGGGUCUCAAGUGGAGAGCGACUCCUUCCAGUUCCAGGUGUCCAGCUCCGCGGCUCCGCCAGCCAGCACGGAAAGCCACGUGUUCAACGUCGCCAUCCUGCCCCGGACGCCCAGAGCACCUCAGCUUUCCCUCGGCUCCUCUCUGCACAUGGCUGUGCUGGAGGACCGCGUGACAGUGAUUGAGCCCCAUCACCUCUCCUUUGUAGACCCGGAGGUUCCCAGUGAGAAAAUCCUGUUCAACGUGACUGUUCCUCUGCUUCCCGGCCAAGGUAUUGUGGAGCACAGAGACAGGCCUCUCUCCCCAGCCCGGUAUUUCAGCCAGGCAGACGUCAACAACGGCAAGAUCGCGUAUCGUCCGCCCACGUCAGCUCCGCACUUGAGAGAGAUGAUGGCGUUCUCGUUUGCAGGUCUCCCAGAGUCAGUGAGCUUCCGAUUCACAGUGUCUGAUGGAGAACACACAACUCGGGAGCUGCCCUUUGUCAUUCAUUUGCUUUCGGCGGAGCAGCAGCCUCCCGUCUUCCAGAUCGCUGCUCCCUUCCUGGAGGUCGGCCAAGGGGGAAGAGCCGCCAUCGGAAUCCAGUUGGCAGUGAGUGACACAGACACAGCUCCCGAGGGGCUCUUCUUUGAGCUGGUGCAAGCUCCCCGCCACGGUGUCGUGCUCAAGUACAAUGCAGGAGUGCAGGAGCGCAUGAGAGCAGGUGACACCUUCAGCUACGAGGACGUGACUCGAAACGCCCUGCAAUACGUACACGAUGGCUCGCUGACGGCAGAGGACAGCAUGGAAAUCUCGGUCACUGAUGGUGUCACCACAGUGACAACGGUGCUGAGGGUGGAAGUGUCCCUGCUGGAUAACAGCGGCCCACAGCUGGCCCCAGGCUGCUUGCUGGCCAUGACGGUGGCUAGCAAAAGCUCCGUGACUCUCUCUCGGCUGCACCUCGCCUAUACUGAUAAUAAUUCCCUUGACUCUGAGAUAAGAAUCCAGUUAAUAUCUCUGCCCACAUACGGCACCCUCUUACGGACAUCUGGUUCUCGUGGCGAAGAGCUUUCCAAGGUUUAUAAUUUCACUAUGGAAGACAUCAACAACCAGAGGAUCAGCUACUCCACCGUGUUUGAGGCCAGCAAUCAGCCAGUCACAGACGUCUUCCACUUCGCUGUUUUUGAUGCCGAUAACAACCGGCUUGACAGCCAGAUGUUCACCAUCACUAUCACAUCUGCCCAGACAGCACCAUCACUCAUUGCUUUUGCUGACCAUAUUACUGUGGAUGAGGGGGGCAGAGUCCCACUGUUGGCUCAUCACCUCCUAGCUGCUGAUUAUGAUACUGCCAUCAAGGAAAACCUGCGGGUCACAGUAAUCACUCUCCCUAUGUACGGCUACAUUGAAAACACUAAGACAGGUGAGCGUUUUGGCCCGCAGGGUGCUGAGGCCACGGAUGCAUCCUUCUCCUUUCAAGACCUUCUAGAGAACAGCAUUUAUUACUUCCAGAGCGUCCACGAAAGCAUUGAACCAACAAACGAUGUUUUCAGCUUUUAUGUGAGCAAUGGCUUCAGCCAGUCCGAGGUGCACAGCAUUAACAUCACCAUUCAGCGGCAGAAUGAUGAGCCCCCAAAGAUGAUGCUGGAGCCCAUCAGAGUGCAGGAGGGGUCAGGUGUGGUGGUUACCAAUGCCUCCCUCAACGUGCAGGACUUGGACACCCAGGACAGCGAGCUUGUCAUUGUGGUCACCAAAACUCCUGACCAUGGUUAUCUCUGCAGGAGGCAGGCUGCCCAGGAACCCAUGGAGCAGGGACUUGUGCUGUCCCAGGGCUCCUCCUUCACCUACCAGGACAUUUUGGAUGAGCUGAUCGUUUACACUCAGAGUGGUGCAGCAGCGCAGACGGACGAGUUUGGAUUCUCCCUCACGGACGGACUCUACACCCAACUCGGGAAGUUGGAGUUCUCCAUGGAGCUGCAGAACAACGAGCCACCCAAAUUAGCUGUCAACAAGGGCCUGCAGCUUCCUGCUGGUUCUGUAGCACGUCUCACAGAUCAGCACCUGAAAGUGGCACCUAAUUACUUGGAUGACACGAGGGUCAGAUUUGUCAUGAAGAAGGAUCCCAGUGUCGGCAGUCUGCAGUUGACCAAAACUGAUAAUCCAGUCCAGAUCUCUGUCAAAGGACCAGCCAAAAGUUUCACGCAGGCUGAUAUAAAUAAAGGACAAGUGACAUACAGGCACCAGAAAGGAGACCUCAGCGGAGAUUUUGCUUUCACCUUUGAUGUGAUCGAUGCAGAGGGCAACAAGCUGAUGGACCAGGUUUUCCACAUUAGUGUAUUAGAGGACAGGCUCCCGCCCUCCAUCGUCGCCAACACGGGGCUGGUCUUGGACGAGAACUCGGCGCGCAAGAUCACGACGCUGCAGCUCUCGGCGGCGGCGCGGCGCGGUGCGGCGGCGCAGCUCCGCUUCCGGCUCACGCGGCAGCCGCAGCUGGGCCGCCUCGAGCACGCCGCCGCGCCAGGGACAAGAAUUAGUUCUUUCAGCCAGGCAGACCUGGCCUCUCGCAGCAUCCAGUACGUGCACACCAGCGACGCGGAGAAGCAUGCCGACGCGUUCACGUUUUCUGUAUCGGAUGGAACGGACGAGGUGAGCCAGACAUUCAACAUCACCAUUAACCCUGUGGACGAUUCCCUGCCUGUGGUACAGAGCCCUGGGAUGCGAGUUCAAGAAGGUGUGAGAAAAACGAUCACAGAGUUUGAGCUUAAAGCAACAGAUGCUGACACAGAGGCUGAAUCAAUCACGUUCACAGUUGUGCAGCCACCCCGGCACGGCCUCAUUGAGCGCACUGUCAACGGACAGCGUUACCACCCAGCCACCACCUUCACGAUGGAGGACGUCUACCAGAACCGCAUCAGCUACAGUCACGAUGGUAGCAACUCCCUGAAGGAUCGCUUCACUUUCACUGUGUCUGAUGGAACCAAUCCCUUCUUCGUUGUGGAAAACGAGGGGAAGGAGAUUGUGACAGGAACACCGCAGCGCUUCAAGGUGGACAUUCUCCCUGUAGAUGAUGGGACGCCCAGGGUCAUCACCAACCUGGGCUUGCAGUGGCUGGAGCACACGGACGGCAAGGCAACCAAUGUCAUCACUAAGAAGGAAUUACUGACAACAGAUCCUGACACAGAUGACAAACAACUCAUCUAUGAGAUAACAAGCGGUCCCAGACAUGGUUAUUUGGACAGCAAGCUGCAACCCGGGACAGUUGUGACCACCUUCACUCAGGAGGAUGUGAACCAUGGCCUCGUUCGGUACGUGAUGCACGACGAGAAGGUUCAGGAGACCAUGGACAGCUUUCAGUUCCUAGUGAAGGACAGCAAGCCCAAUGUGGUCAGUGGCAAUGUCUUCCAUGUCCGGUGGUCUCUCAUCAGCUUUACACAAACCAGCUACAACGUCAGCGAGAGCGCAGGCUCCGUGAGCGUCCCCAUACGGCGCGUGGGGAACCUCCACCAGUACGCCAUCGUGCUGUGCCGCACCGAGCGCGGCACGGCCGCCUCCGGCGCCGGCUCCCAGCCCGGCGAGCAGGACUACGUGGAGUACGCAGGCCAGGUGCAGUUUGAGGAGCGGGAGGACACCAAGGCCUGCACCAUUGUCAUUAAUGACGACGACGUCUUUGAGAGCACGGAGAGCUUUACCGUGGAGCUCAGCAUGGCCACCUACGCCUUGCUGGGGAGCAUCACCCGGGCCACGGUCUUCAUCAGGGACGCCGAGGACGAGCCCACGCUGCAGUUCGACAGGAAGGUGUACCACGUGAGCGAGAGCGCCGGCCUUCUGUCCGCUCCUGUUGAAAGGAAAGGGGACACCAGCAGCACUGUGUCUGCCAUAUGUUACACGGUCCCCAAAUCAGCCAAGGGAAGUAGCCUCUAUAUGCUGGAGUCUGGCUCCGACUUCAAGUCCCGAGGGAUGACAGACGACAGCCGCGUUGUUUUGGGGCCAGGUGUCACCGUGGCAACAUGCGACGUCACGCUGAUCGACGACAGCGAAUACGAAGAGGAGGAGGAAUUUGAGAUCGUACUGACUGAUGCUUCCGACAACGCCCGCGUUGGAAGCCUGGCUUCAGCCAGCGUCUUCAUCGCUGGUCCCAACGACGCCUCCACCGUGUUCCUGGGAAAUGCCUCUUUCACCGUGAGCGAGGCGGCAGGAAACAUUGAAAUUCCAGUCCUCCGGCAGGGACCUGAUCUGUCCACCCCUGUCUCUGUGUGGUGUGCCACUCGGACCUCAGACCCUCCGUCUGCGAGCCCUGGAACCGACUAUGUCCCCAGCUCCAGGAAAAUAGAGUUCAGACCAGGCAGGACACAAGAGUCCUGCACUCUGACAAUCCUGGAUGAUGCUCAGGAUCCGGUGAUAGAAGGGCUGGAAACAUUUGUUGUAUAUCUCAGCUCACCCCAUGGGGCUGAGCUGACAGAGCCUUUCCAAGCAAUAGUGGCCAUUAAUGACAUCUUCCAAGAUGUGCCCAGUAUGCAGUUCAGCAAGGAUGUGUACACAGUGAAGGAGAAGGAGGGUGCCCUGCACAUCCCUAUCUUCCGUGUGGGGGACCUCAGCUAUGAGUCUUCUGUCAGGUGCUACACCCAGAGCCAGACAGCAGAGGUCGUGGAGGACUUUGCAGAGAGGAGAGAUGCAGAGGAGUCCCGCAUCACCUUUCUGAAAGGGGAGAAGGUGAAGAACUGCACAGUUUACAUCAGCGAUGACUCUGCCUUUGAACCAGAAGAGCAGUUCCAGGUCCAUCUUGGUAGCCCACUUGGAAACCAUUGGAGUGGAGCUAGGAUUGGAAAGAUGGCUAUGGCAACUGUAACUGUCACCAAUGAUGAAGAUGCACCCACCAUUGAGUUUGAAGAAACUUCAUACCAAGUGCGGGAACCACCCGGCCCAGAAGGUGUUGCAGUUUUAAAUAUCAAGGUGGUUCGGAGAGGGGAUCAGAACAGGACCUCCAAAGUCCGCUGCAGCACCCGUGAUGGCUCAGCUCAGGCGGGAGUGGAUUACUACCCCAGGAGUCAAGUGCUCAAGUUCAGCCCAGGUAUGAACCACAUCAUCUUUAAGGUGGAGAUCAUGUCCAAUGAUGACCGGGAAUGGCAUGAGUCUUUCUCACUGGUGCUGGGCCCAGAUGACCCAGUGGACGCUGUUCUCGGAGAUACCAGCACUGCAAUAGUGACUAUUUUGGAUCAGGAAGCAACGGGGAGCCUGAUUCUUCCGGCACCUCCUGUGGUCGUCACCCUGGCUGACUAUGACAAUGUGGAAGGAGCGACCAAAGAGGGUGCUAAGAAAUCCCCUUCCCCAGGCUAUCCGCUCAUCUGCGUCACUCCGUGUGACCCGCGCUUCCCCAAGUACGCGGUCAUGAAGGAACGCUGCAGCGAGGCUGGCAUCAAUCAGUCGUCAGUCCAGUUCAGCUGGGAGGUAGCAGCCCCUACAGACAGCAACGGGGCCAGGUCACCCUUUGAAACCAUCACUGACAACACACCGUUCACGAGCGUCAACCAUAUGGUGCUGGACAGCAUUUAUUUCAGCCGGCGGUUCCACGUGCGCUGUGUGGCCAAGGCAGUGGACAAGGCUGGCCAUGUGGGGACCCCCCUCAGAAGCAACAUAGUUACCAUAGGGACAGACAGUGCCAUCUGUCACACCCCAGUGGUAGCGGGAACAGCCCGAGGUUUCCAGGCACAGUCGUUCAUUGCCACUCUGAAGUACCUGGACGUCAAACACAAGGAACAUCCCAAUAGGAUCCACAUCUCAGUGCAGAUUCCUCAUCAGGAUGGCAUGCUGCCCCUCAUCUCCACCCUACCGCUGCACAAUCUGCAUUUCCUGCUCUCCGAGUCUAUCUACAGGCACCAGCAUGUCUGCUCAAACCUGGUCACCAUCAGGGACCUUAAAGGCAUCUCAGAGGCAGGAUUCCUGGAUGAAGUUACUCAGGAUAGUAUCGUCCUUGGUCCUGGUUAUGACCGUCCUUACCAGUUUGACCCCACGGUGAGAGAGCCAAAGACGAUCCAGCUCUACAAACACCUCAACCUCAAGAGCUGCAUUUGGACCUUUGACGCUUACUAUGACAUGACCGAGUUAAUAGACAUCUGUGGAGGCUCUGUCACUGCUGACUUCCAGGUGCGGGACUCUGCUCAGUCCUUCCUAACGGUGCACGUCCCGCUCUACGUGUCCUACGUUUAUGUGACGGCACCGCGAGGCUGGGCAUCUCUGGAGCAUCACACCGAGAUGGAGUUCUCCUUCUUCUAUGAUACUGUUCUCUGGAGAACAGGCAUUCAGACGGACAGCGUGCUCUCGGCCCGCCUGCAGAUCAUCAGGAUCUACAUCCGCGAGGACGGCCGCCUGGUGAUCGAGUUCAAGACACAGGCCAAGUUCAGAGGGCUUUUUGUAAUGGAGCACCACAGCCUGCCAGAUGUGAAGUCUUUCCUAAAGCCACCAGAGCACCUGGGAGGCAUCGAGUUUGACCUGCAGCUGCUGUGGAGCGCCCAGACCUUUGACUCACCCUACCAGCUCUGGAGAGCCACCAGCUCCUAUAACAGGAAGGACUACUCUGGAGAGUACACGAUCUUCCUCAUCCCCUGCACCGUGCAGCCCACCCAGCCGUGGACGGAGCGCGGGGACAAGCGCCCGGCCUGCACAGCUCACGCUCCUGAACGAUUUUUGAUCCCUAUUGCCUUCCAGCAGACAAACCGCCCUGUCCCUGUUGUCUACUCCCUGAACACUGAGUUUCAGCUCUGUAACAACGAGAAAGUGUUUUUGAUGGAUCCCACCAAAGCCGAACUGUCCGUGGCAGAAAUGGAUUACAAGGGGGCUUUUUCCAAAGGUCAAAUCCUGUAUGGCCGCGUGCUCUGGCACCCUGAACAAAACCUGAAUGCUGCUUACAAGCUACAGCUGGAGAAGGUCUACCUUUGUACCGGCAAGGAUGGGCACGUGCCUUUCUUUGACCCCACGGGAAGUGUCUAUAACGAGGGCCCCCAAUACGGCUGCAUUCAGCCCAACAAGCACCUCAAGCACAGAUUUCUCCUCUUGGACCGAAACCAACCAGAAGUGACUGACAAGUACUUCCACGAUGUCCCUUUUGAUGCCCACUUUGCUUCAGAAUUAUCAGCGUUUCAGUCAGUGAGCAGCAUGCCUGGAGUGGACGGAUUCACCCUCAAGGUGGACGCUCUCUACAAGGUGGAAGCUGGGCAUCAGUGGUACCUUCAAGUCAUCUACGUAAUUGGCCCCGAGAGCGCAGCGGGGCCUCGCGUUCAGCGAUCGCUCACUCGCAGCUGGAAACGUGGCCGCAGGGACUUGGCCGACAGCGACGGGAGGCGGCUGCUGGACGACACCUUGGUCUAUGACAACGAAGGUGACCAGCUCAAGAACGGCACCAACAUGAAGUCGCUGCUCUUGGAGGUGGAGGAAGUGGCUGUCGCAGCCUCCUUGUUGCAGAGCGGCGCUUCCCUCGGGAGCGCGUGCGCUGCCGUCUUGCUGCUGCUGCUGCUGCUUUUGGGAAUGUGCUUCCUGGCCAGGAAGUGUGGGAGGCUGAGGAAGAGGAAGGAGGCUGCCAGCGGCAUCGCGGAGGAGCAUCCCCUGAACACCAAGGUGGAGCUGCCUGAGGGAGCCAGGGCUAUGAGCAGCCAAUACUGCACUGUGAGGAAUAUCAAUAUCCUGCGGGAAAGUGGGGGUGCCUCCCAUGUGAGAGGCGGGAAGGUGAAGCAGGUGAACUUAGAAGUCAAAGUGAACAACAAUGUGCCCGAUGGAACAGAAGUUUAAUGUGGUGUUAAAACACGCU